AUGGGUGAUUAUUUAAGUCGAAUUACAACUAGUUUAUUCGAUUAUCCUCUUAAAACAACUCAUCCCUGUGUUUACUCAUCAGAAGUACCUCAAGAAGACAAUACCGAUACGCCAAUAGAAUCAAACUACGAUAAACUCGUUAACAAAUUCACGAAGAAACUUCAGAAGAAUCGAAUGGAAAAUCGAACGGGUGAUUAUAAGAGUUGGGAAGAAAAAUAUUUGUUGAUAAACUUUCCAGAAUGGAACGAAUCGACGAUCUCUUAUUUGCAUAGCUUAUUCUUAACUUUCUCUAACGAGAAUAAGAUGAUAGAUUUCAAAGCAUUUUUAUGUAUACUAUCGUGUCUUUGGUGUGAAAUUGAUAACGAAGAAAAAAGAAAUCAAUUUAAAACUACCGACGUAAAUCAAGAUGGAUUCAUAGAGUAUCUGGAGUUUUUAAAUUUGAUCUAUUCUGAUGAAAAUUUAACGACUGUUACUAAAAGUAUUGCAGAACAAACGCAGUUCGUAAACGCUCUGUCUAUUGGAGAACAAUUAGAAUGCGGAUUGUUUUGA